CCGACGAGAGCAAGAAGGGCCGAGGAUAGAACCCUAGGUCCAGUGAAAGAACCAGAGAACUCGGCUCCAAUGGCGGAAGCGAAGGCCUAGAAAAUAGAAGCGCCCAAAGCCUCCGUUGUUUGUUCUCUCGCGCGACUUUCUUCGAGAUAUUCAGGGUGGAGAUGCGAGCGGCCCCAUGGAAGAGCGUGCUCAGAUUUCGGAAUCCCCUGUCCCCGACUACCGAUUCCGCGCUGUUCCAUUCUUCCCCCGUCUCAUUCGCCAAAUGGAGGAGUAAAUCGGACCCUGAUGAUGAAGGAACAAACCAAGAACAGUCCAAGACUCGCAUCAGAUUUUCAGUUCAUCAAAAGCGAUCUGAUGCAAAGGCAGCUCUCAAGAAUCUUCUUUUUGAUGGUAGACCUUCUCAGCAAUAUUUUCAGGAUGAAGAUAUCAGUUGGUCUACUGAUAAAAAAAGCAGCAGAAAUGUCAAAGCAAAGGACAGUUCACAUGAUUUUGAUAAACAUCAACGGUCAAAGAGUGCUGGGAGACCAAAGCCCCACAGUAAAGGCAAACAUAGUGCAAACAAGCGGUGGCGCAAUAGGCAGAGCAGUUAUGAUGAAGAUGAUUAUGAGCAUCCUGAUACAAAAAUUUCAGCUACCUUUGGCGGACAAAGAUGUUUUACCUGGUCUUUUACAUCAGGGGAAACCCUUCAUUUUCAGAAUUAUGCAACCGGAUUUGAGUGGAGAGAUAAUUCAGAGCGGAUCAAAACCAGAAAAAAAGUAUGGAGUGAAAGUGAUAUUGAGGAUGAACCAAGUGAUAUAGGUUCCCAAUCCCAUAGAGUUAUCCUUGGAUUGCCACUCACAGGCCCCUUAAAAUUAGAUGAUGUUAAACAUGCUUUCCAUGCAACUGCUUUAAAGUGGCACCCUGACAAGCAUCAAGGCCCUUCCCAGGCAAUUGCUGAGGAAAGGUUCAAGCUCUGUGUUGAUGCAUACAACUCCCUGUGCAAAGCCUUGAAUUCCAGCUAAGGCAUUGGUGAUAAUAGUAAUCAGGCAUACCUUGUGCUGGAGUUUUUCCAUGGAGCUGUGUAUGUUCAAGUUCUCAUGUAAUACUUUCUAUAUAUAUAUAUAUAUAUAUAUAUUAGAGAGAGAGAGAGAGAGAGCUAAGGUGCUCUCGAGAGGACAGUUGAGAAGGUCUUCUCAUCUUAAAAUCAAUGAUAGAUCAUUUAAUUUGAAAAU